UCCCCACAAUCAUCCAGAGGUUGUCUCUUUUUUUUAAAUAUUAUAUUUUGCCUAAGGGGAUGAUGCAUCUACACUGCCCCUGAGUUCUUUUGGCCUACCUAAUUGCCCUUCUCUGUGGAUACCAGUGACAAUGCUGACCAAGCCUGCAAAACCACAAAGAUCAGAGUCUAUACCCACAAUAAGACCUGCAGGAACCUUUACUGCAUUAUGUCCCAGUCAGAUGUGGCUCCACUGGAGGUUGGGGGCUCCGAAACCUCUGGGGUUCAGUUAAAGUGGGCUGCGCUGCUUAUUAUUAUGGUCAUAAUUCCUACUAUUGGCGGAAACAUCUUGGUAAUUCUUGCCGUGUCGCUUGAGAGGAAACUCCAAAAUGCCACCAACUACUUCCUGAUGUCACUUGCGGUGGCUGAUUUACUGGUGGGACUUCUGGUGAUGCCAGUUGCCCUGGUGACUGUUCUUUACAAUUCCGACUGGCCCCUUCCAGACUUCAUCUGCCCUAUUUGGCUCUUCCUGGAUGUGCUGUUUUCGACUGCAUCCAUCAUGCACCUGUGCGCCAUCUCACUGGAUCGCUACAUUGCCAUCAAGAAGCCAAUCCAGCACAGCCAAUUCAAAUCCAGAGCAAAGGCCAUGGUCAAGAUAGCACUGGUGUGGCUUAUAUCCAUUUGUAUAGCAAUCCCUAUUCCAAUCAAGGGUCUCCAUAACUACCAACCCAGAAACAACAUCACCUUCAACAGUAACCACACGUGCCAGCUUAAAACAGACACCUUCCGGGAAUUCAUCAUGUUUGGAUCCAUGGCAGCAUUCUUUGUUCCUUUGAUCAUAAUGAUGGUCAUCUACCUGCUUACCGUCCAAGUGCUGCGCAAAAAGGUUUAUUUACUCAGGUCAAAGGUGAUACAAUGCUGCAGCAACCAGACAGUGUCCACAGUAUUCCAAAGGGAACAAAAUCCUGGGACUGCUAAUCAAGUUGACCAAUGUCACAUGAUGUACAGUAGAUUUCCUAGGAUGCAACAAAACUCUGUUGUAGGCACAGCAAACCCUCCUAUCAUUGAGAUGCCCAUCCGCAGAUUGUCCACGAUGGGAAAGAAGUCAAUGCAGACUCUAAGCAAUGAGCAGCGGGCGUCAAAGGUGCUGGGCAUAGUCUUCCUCCUGUUUGUAGUCAUGUGGUGCCCGUUCUUUAUCACUAAUGUCACCUCUGUUCUAUGUACCACGUGUAAUGCCAACAUCAUCUCCCGACUGAUGGAAAUCUUUGUGUGGGUGGGCUAUGUAUCAUCUGGGAUCAACCCGCUGGUUUACACACUCUUCAACAAGACGUUCAGGGAGGCAUUUACACGCUACAUUACCUGUAAUUAUAAGACCUGCGCAAGUCAUCAGACUGACAGAAAUCCAAAGAACUCGAAUGCAGAACGGACUCUAACGAGACUUUCAUUCAAAUCUUCUGUGGCCGAGAACUCCAAACUCUUCAUGAAAAGGAGCAUGAGGAAUGGCAGUGGCGCAGCGAGUUACCAAAAUCACCAUACAUCUGUUCAAUCAUUUAGCGGUGUCGUGUUAGACCAAAUGCACUCGGCUGACAACUAUGAUGCGAAGCAUGAGGAACAUGUAAGCCGCCUAUGAAGCUAUAACAAUCCAAUCAACAUGAAAGCAAAACCUAGUUUUUUUUCCCUAAUAUAAAACACAACGGCAUCCAUUUUCAAAAAGCUGGAUUGAUUGGAUUAUGUUUUAAUGGGGCUUUGUAAUGUAAUGUACUUUCCUUGAAACUCGACCAACCUACUGGAAUUUUCCCCAGAACUGCACAAUGCUACACUGAAAAAUCGCUACAUAUAGCAUUUUGCCAGCUGUUGUCAUAACAUUUGUCAAAAUCACAUGCCAUUUAGGGAAAACAACACAGUUACUGCUCAUCCUGUAACAAACUUAAUAGUUUACCAUCUACUUAAAAAGGACAAGACCUUAGUCAAACCAUUGACUACUUGACAAAAAAGAAAAGAAAAAAAACAAAAUCAUAAACUAUUUCAAGCUUAAAAAUAAAUUCUAUGAGGUAUUUUAAUAACUCAAAAACUGCCACUGACGGUUAUACUGUAGAAGUCAAACAUCCAUGUUUACUAGGAAAGCUAGCAGUGAAAGUUAAAUUAUCAAACCCAUUCAUCAAAUUGUUGCAUUAAUUUGGACAGUGGUAAAAAAAUCUCAGAACAUAUGUACAGUAGCUUUUUUCUCAUUUACAUCUCUAGAAAAUUUUAUACUUGCUCAAAUGUAAUAGCAUGGGGUUUCUUCAUAAAAUAACCAUAAAGAAUGGAAACAUCACGAUGAUUCUAAACAUGCCAAAUAAAAUUUGUUUCCAAAAUGAAAUGUGUCUUUUCUCCAAAACAUUCAUUUUAUUUGUUGAUAAUUAACGUUAAGACUUUUGCGCAUCCCUGAGAAGACCUUA